AUGGAAAAAGACUAGACAACUGAGCAAAUUCAAACUGAAGCAUAAACUCAAGAAGAACAGAGAAUAGAAGAAGAAAGAAAAGAAUCAGCUCUUUUAGCUUCUAUUAAAGAAUUUGGAACAAACUCAUACUAUUAUGCUCAUGCUCCAAAGAACUUCAAUACCGAAGGAGCUGAGGUAUUUAAAGGCGAUGGACUAAUUUAUGGAGGAGAUCCAGUCUUACUAGGUCAAAGAGAAGUUAAAAAGAAAUAGGAGGUUUUAGCAGUGAAGAAAAUUACUAAGUACUCAUGGUUAGAUGAAGAGGCCAAAGUCAAGAUCUAUAUUGAAUUGGAUCAAUUCAAAGGACCAAUUACUGAUGCAAUGAUUGAAGUUAAAUAUGAAGAACAAGGCUGUAACAUUAAGAUAGUUGAUGAAGCAUCCUAAAGUCACAUUCUCAGUAUACCCAAGUAAUUGAAAUUUCAUUUGCUUUAAAACUAUCAUCUAGGUUAUAUGAAAAAAUUGAACCCGAAAAGUCAUCACAUAGAGUAAGAUCUAAUAAAUUAAUAGUGA